ACGAAAUGAAAAGUUUGUUUUGAAUUGGAGAAUUACCUAAUUAGUAAAGUGUUUUUGCAAAAUUAGGGCACUCUGAGAUGCAGCCAUUGAAGAAGAUGAGGAGAAUUCCUCUGCGCAAUCGCAAUGGUAUUAUCUCUUCCAUUUCUGGUUCGGCAUUUACAAUCAGAGCUUAUUCUUCCUGCCCUACCAAAAAAUCCAUUUCAGUAAAGGGUAAAGUUAGCGUAAAUAGUUGCAAUUUUGAGUGUUUAGAUGAUGCUGUUACUCUCUUCAAUCAAAUGGUUAGAAUGAAGCCUCUUCCUAAACUUGUCGAUUUCUCUAAAUUGUUUAACAAUAUGAUAAGUAUGAAGUAUUACACUGCUGUCCUUUCUCUUUUUCGAGAAAUGCAGAAAUUGGGUAUCCCAAUUAAUGUUUUCAUCUUGAAUAUCGUGAUUAAUAGUUAUUGUCUGAUGGGUCGUUCUGAUUGUGCAUUUUCGGUGUUACCCGUUUACUUGAAGAAUGGCAUUCCAUUUAGUGUUGUCACAUUUACCAUUCUAAUAAGGGGAAUCUUUGCUGAAAAUAAGAUUAAAGAUGCAGUUGAAUUGUUCAAAAAAUUGGUGAGAGAGAAGAUUUGUGAGCCCAACGAAGUCAUGUAUGCAACCGUCAUGAAUGGGCUCAGCAAAAGGGGGCAUACUAAAAAAACUGUAAGUUUGCUCCAGUUAAUGGAACAAGGGAACACUAAGCCUGACAUAUAUAUCUACAGCAUUGUUAUAGAUUCCCUUUGCAAAGAUAGAAACUUAGAUGCUGCUAUCACUCUAUUGAACGAGAUGAAGCAGAGAGGCAUUCCUCCAGAUGUAGUCACAUAUAGUUCAUUAAUUGAUGGUUUGUGUAGGAUUGGUCAGUGGGAAAAGGUUAAGAUUUUGUUCUCUGAGAUGGUGAACCUUAAUAUUUAUCCAAAUGUGCGCACCUUCAACAUACUAACAGAUGGACUGUGCAAAGAAGGCAAAGUCAAAGAUGCGGAGGAAGUAAUGAAACUCAUGGUCGAAAAGGGUGUAGAGCCUAAUAUAUUCACCUACAAUGCGAUAAUGGAUGGGUAUUGUUUGUGUGGUCAAGUGGAUAGUGCGAGGAGAAUUUUUGAUACCAUGAUAGAUAAGGGCAUUGAGCCUGACAUUUUUACCUAUAGCAUACUAAUAAACGGAUACUGUAAGAAAAAGAAAGUGGAUGAGGCCAUGCAAUUGUUUUGUGAAAUUUCUCAAAAGGGAUCAAAACCCAAUAAUGUUACCUACAAUACUAUCUUGCAAGGUCUAUUUGAAGUUGGAAGAACUGGUGAAGCAAAACAAAUUUACGCUGAGAUGCUAUCUGCGGGGACCAAGCCUAAUAUAUACACUCAUGUCACUUUGCUCAAUGGUUAUUUUAAGUGCGGACUUGUUGAAGAAGCUAUGUCACUCUUUAAUAAGUUAGAAAGAAGCAGAGAAUAUACUAAUAAUGCAUUUUAUAGUGUUGUCAUUAACGGAUUGUGCAAAAAUGGUAAACUUAAUGAAGCGCAUGUUGUUUUCGAGAAGCUUUCUUUCCUUGGAUUGCUUCCCGAUGUGAGAACAUACACUGUAAUGAUAAAUGGAUUUUGUCUUGAAGGGUUAUUUGAUGAAGCUAAAAAUAUUCUAAGAAAAAUGGAAGACAGCGGUUGUGCUCCAGACAAUGUCACUUAUAAUGUUAUUUUGCAAGGAUUUCUCAGGUGCAACAAAAUUAGUGAAAUGACAUCUUUUAUGAAGGAAAUGGCUGGAAGGGGCUUCUCAUUUGAUGCAACUACCGCUGGUUUUUUGGUAGACAUUGUAAGGGAGAAUUCUUCUGUCCUUGACAUGAUACCAGAGCUUCACUCGAAUAAUAAGAAGUGAAUAUUUCUUUUGUUUGGUUUAUUCGGCUAUGUUAUGACUUUGAUACAAUUUCGGUUUAUCACCUCACAUGAGAAGGAAUCCAAUGCAAUUGUGGAAGAUGAAAAAUGAAAAUCAAAACGUUGCUUGGGUUUUCAUGCUGGCUUAUCGAGGAGAACAGGUUCAUCACGGUCACGCCUGAAACUGAAGUUCUGAAAGUGAAGCAACUGAUGAUAGGAAUCUGAGUGAACUGGACUUGGGAGAAAGUGAAUUGGAAGACCUCAGUGGCCAUUGGCUUAAGUCAUUUUCCUGAGAGCUCCAUGCACACCGCUUUUGUCACUUAACAUUCCUUGUUCGGCUUCUGGGGUCAGCUUCUCAGCUUUGGAGCGUCUAGUUUCUCGCUCUCCUCAUGUAAGCACUCUUCGGCUCAAUCGUGCUGUGUCCAUCGAGAAACUUCCAUAGCUACUUCGCUAUGCCUCCCAGUUGGUUGAAUAUGGUACCGGAUCCUCACUGCUGACAUACAGGUUGAUGUUUCUGAAGUUUCUUCAACGUAUCUCAAGCUUUUUCAGGCUGCAAUCAACUCAAAAGCUUGAGUGAGGUUUGGGAGGCCGUGCCAGCCUACUAUUUAUCCAGUCUACUCGAAACUCACCUCUUUGAACUUAAGCUAUGCUGCCAUUCAAAUACCUGGUCUUGGCAAGCUCAUCAGUGAGUGUCACAAUUUGCAGCAGUUGUGGAGGGAAGAUUGAUUCCAAUGGCUGUGUUGCUGCUUUCUUGGAAGAGCGCUUGAAAAUGGGUCUUAAUUUCAUUCUUUCAGCCGAGGUCGAUCACCAAAAGAAAGGCUACAAGUUUGGUUUUGGACUCAGUUGGAGAAUAGAGGAGGCAGCUUAAACAGGGAUUAGGUAUUAACAUAUGAGCACAAGAUUAAAAUUGAAAGCAUCUUAACAAGUGAUGCAGUUUCUCAGCCAUAAAAGAAUUGAAACAUCAGUUUUGUAUUUUUAUCGAGCAGACAUUAUUUCUGGAGCAUACAUAUCAUCAACUGGUGCAACUAGUCACUAAUAGUUGAUUUUGCAAUUUGGGACAAUUCUGUAAACAGUUUAGAAUUGUAGAGUUGACUUUAUUCAGAUAUAGAGAUUUAUCAUUAUGAUUUUUA